GCUACCUUUCAAGAUGGCGCAGGUAUCCGUGAAGGAGACUAUUGUGUAGUCUGUUAGGGCAUUGGUACCCAAUCAGUCUUCUGCUGAGUCAGUCAGGCAACUCUAUUUUCCUUCUAUAGGCUUCCUUUGGAACGGCCAUAUUGGUUACUGUAUGAAAUAUAAUAUGCAAUUUGUGUCUUCUAAUAUCAUUAAUUCAUUCUCUCAGAAUACAAGUUUGUGAGGUAUAUGUUUAUUUCCUAAAAGUAAUUUAUUCUGAAUUUCCAUAAAUUCAUACAUAAGAAGUAUGGGAAUGGGAGUUCUGCGCCACGGGUUCAACUGGCAGUCUGCUAGGUCAGCGGAACUUGAGACCCGACCACAAUGGUUAGUACGGGUAGCGAGUAUUGUGGUAUGAGAUAACAUUAUCAAAUUCAUAUUUAUGAACGUUUUGUACUAGUUAACGUGUACAAAUACUGUACUAAUUUAUAAAUAUAAUAUACGGGUUUCUCAAAUAAUAUGUAGGCCGCUAUUUAUCAUGUACCCUCAAUUCAACACUGUAAUUUUUGCGCGCACCUUCAAUUGCACGCGCAGAAAAAAAAUUGAUACGUCACAAAGGCAUAACUCAACGAGAGAAAAAUAUAGUAGUUAUCAUUUUAUAGCACAACAAUGGGAAUUGCAUUAGGCCGGUGUUACCAAAAAGAGAAGACCAGUAGUUCGUCUAAGAGAAAUCUCGAGAAAGAGCUAGAAACGAAUCGUCGUUGGAUUGAGGCUUUGGAACAACAGAUUGACCGUAAAAUAAGAGAACUGAGCAUGAGUAAUGCUGACGUUCAGCUSGAGUUAUCUAAAAACAAAGAAUUGAGAUCAAAACUCAAUUCGUUCGAGAAAGAAACUGAAAUCCUUAAGAGCAUGCUAAAGAAGAGUGAAAACGAGGAAGAAAGGCUGAGGAUGGAGCUCAUUAGAGCGUACAAAGAACUAAGGUGCUAUCGGGAAAAGYUACACAAAGCAACCGAUCAGUUAAAGAGCCAUAUUCUUCCAGGGGAAUCUAAGAAGGUCAGCGAAGAGCAGCUCGACAAAAGUACCUUAGUGUAAAAUCCAUAUUUUUAAAUCAGUUUUUUACAUAUUUAUUAAAGCUUUUCUUUAUAAAAACUAUAACAAUCUAAAUUUAUCAUCUUUAUCCUUUUAUUUUUCGCCUUKAUUGUGCGUCACAAUGAAACCGAUUUGUUGGCUUUCAGUGACUGUGCGAGUUUCCAUCUCAGUUAUCCUAAUAAACACUUUAAAGGGACAUGGUCCACCAGCAUUCAAUGCGGUCGUGUUUCAGAUUUUUCAUAUAAUAUGGAAAAUUAUGUAACUUGGAAUAUCCAUCCACAAUCUGUUUCCAUCAAUCGGUUUAAAGGUCGAACUUACAGUAUCUCCAUUGAAUAGUAUGAUGAUAAAGACUAAGUUUUUUUCUGAAAUUACACGAUGUAUUUUUAUUUCAAACGUGAGCAAAAGCUCCAAGAGGAUGCUGGUGGACCAUGUCACUUUAAAGAACAAAGCGCAUCCAAGAACUUCCGUGCGAUUUUUUUAGAUACGAAAAUCCGCCAUCUUGGAUUUGAAUCAAUCAGAAAACUCCUUUCAACAAGACAACAUUUGUAAAACAAAAGAAACGAUCGCAAAAA